UUCGUCUUUAAAUUAAUUAACAAAUUUAAAUUCCCAUAUAUUUUACUUAUCAAUACAAUCUAUAGAACCCAUAAGUUAUUUACAAAUACCAUCUUUUCUAAUUAAUGUAAAAAGUUGUUUCUCAAAAAUAGCUUCUUAGCUUAUUUAAGCCUAAAAUCUUUCUAAGGAAUCAUCUAGAUUUUAUUAACUUAGCCAAGAAUAAUCUUAUAUUUAUCGAACUUUGAAAAUUAAUUUAGAAUUUAUAGAAUUUAAAAUAUUAGAUAAAAAUAAUAGUUCUUCAGUAUCAAUAUCCGGAAGUUUAUCCAAAAUAUCUUCGAAUUGAGAAAUAUAUGGUUAAUAAAUUUCUUAUUAAAUCUCAUCUUUAAGUAAAUAUAUAAUACUUGAAUGAUUUUUAGAUUUUAAUUCAAAAUAUAAAGGAAUUGCUA